AUGGUUUCACUUUCUCCCACACCGCUCACAGAAGACGUGUGUGGACGGCUCGCUCCAGUUCCCUGAACGCUUGGAUUUUUCACCACUUAUACAACUUUUUGACGGAUCUUGACUUUUAAUCCAAGGAAUCAAACAACACAGCACAGAUUGGACUCAUGUCUACAGCUUCAUCGGUGAACAUGAGGAGCAUACUGGGAGUGCUAAUGGUGUUAGCUGUCUCAGCGAAUGAAGCGGAGAACAUCACACGCUUCGCAGGAGAAAGUGUACUUCUGGUUUGCGACUGCCCAGGCAGAGACCCGAACGCAGACUUUUACUGGCAAAUGGAAUCAGACAUAACUGAGGUGAAGGUAAUCACCCGGACCGACACAGAUGUCAGAUACAAGGGCAGAGCCAACAUAUUUGUGAAUGAAACUGGGAACUGCUCUCUUUUCCUGAGCAACCUCAACGUAAAUGACACGGGAAUAUACAAAUGCAUUCACCCUGAAGGAGUGUACAACCGCGUUUCGAAAAACCUCACCGUUAUUGCUCGACCCAACCCCGAAGGGCUAUCAGCCAGCUGCAUUCGAUUCUUCAAAAUCAUCCCCAUUGUGUUGCUGGUCGGGUUUUGCCUGGACAAGAGAAGUGGGGGGUCACAACUGUGAUCAGUCAUGAAUGUGGUUUCAAGCUCAUGCGGUGGCUGUUUCCAGACAAGUUUCCUCCUGUAUCGAGCCACAGAUGGAUUUUUUGUCAACUGUCAAAAGAGAAAGAGGAAGAGAGAGAAAUGUCUGUGACUUUGAACUUGUACGUUUAAAUGUAUUUGGUUACAUCUCAGGUAUAAAAAAAGCUAAGAAAAAACAUCUUUCAACCAAAACUACCGCUGUGGUUCCUGUAGCAUAUGAACAACAGAGAAACUUCAUAUUAUAAACCACUAAUAACUAGAAAGGCAUCAGCAUACCCCUGACAAGGCCCAUAGUCAUCUCAAAUUCAAUCAAGCUCGAAAAUGUUGAAAAACGCUCUAACAAUGUUGAAAAAAUGUAAUUGAAAAAUCCUGGAUGUGACCACUGAUUCUGAUCCACCUUAAAUCUACUUGGGUUUUUCACUGAGACAUCCGUCCACCAACUAUCGUUGAAGUCUGUCCAGUUGUCUUUUUCCAAUUCUCUUAACAAACCAACACAAAAUGCCUUGACAGAGAUAAAACACACAUUAUUUGCGAAACCACAUGACAUAUGAUGUAUUCUAAAAAGAUUCCGAAGGAGUUCAAUACUUAUUAUAGUGUGACAGGCUUGAGUAAAUCACAAUCGCUUUCUCUGUGUUUUCAGUCUUUAUGUUCUCAAUGUUGUUCAUCCUUAAAGAAUAAUUAAAAAUGAACUAUUUGGUGAUUUAAUACUUUUUGUCAUUAAUUACAUGUAAAAAAAAAGAUUAUUACAGAGAUUUACUAUAUAAGUUUAUUAAUAUGGUUUUGUUUGGAACAACUGUAUAAAAUAUUCACUGUAUAUUAUGAACACAAUAUUUUUGAUGUUUUAUAAUUGUACCAUCUACAGCAAAUAAGGCGUUUUUGGUUCAUUUAUUGGGAUUUUUCUGCAUAAGGUGCUAUGACAGGUACUUUCUGUGCUUUUACACCAAUCAACCAGGGCAUUUAAACCCGUUACCUGUUUUGAAAUUGUGGAGAAACUUAAUGUAAUUUUAUGUCAUAUGUACUAGGUUUUGGACAGAGAGCCUGUGGAAUGUUUGAUCAUAUCAUUCAACUCUGAGAACUGUGAAAUAAUCAGGAAUCUGAAGCUAGCUGGAGGAGAGGGACUUGCAAUAAUAUGUGACUUUUUGUUUUCCAUUUUUAAAAGUUCGAACAUGUGCAGAAGAUAAUGGGGUGAUGGAUGAUGAUGGUCUCUCAUCUGCAAAGACUGUCUUUUCCCUGAUAAGCCCCGAAUGUCAAAUCACAUAAUGAAUAAAUGGUUAUUGUUGAUUGCUGAUGAUUGAAAUUUAAUUUGUUUCUUAAAACAUGAUACACAUUUAAUAUAAUGUUUUAAAUCAAUAUUACUGUUUCUUUAUUUAAGCUCAUGUUCUUUAUGAAAUAAAUAUGGCUUUCAUGUUAAUAUAAAUUCUGACAUUUUUAGGAAUAAUAUGCAUUUUCUUGUUCAUUUUCCCAAUAAACUUUUUUUAAUUGGCUAA